UGGGAGGCAGCCAUGUGGUGAACAUUGAGCACAGUGUUUUCCCCUGCUUCUCUCCUUUUCAGACAAGCAAAAUUGUUCUACGCUGCCGUAGAUGUGAACUCCUUGCUGCACUGCCUCUGUCUCUUCUUUUCCAGAAACUCAAGGGCCUGAAUUUCCAGCCAUAGAUCAAAAAGCUCUCACUGAAUCCACCGGAAUAUGGACAAGGAGAUGAAGAGCAGAAGGGAAGAAAGAGUGAAGUUGGUUAUUUUUCUGGCACAUGGAUGCAAUUACCCUCAGUGCAUUCCAGAGGCGUUCCUUUGAAUCCUGUGCAGGUCUGCCUGCCAUUCCGGGGAGAAAGGAAGAAAAAGGGAGGAAAAGUCCCUCUUGUCUGGAGACGGAAUGUCUGUACUUUCAAUUCUCUUUUUAGCUUCCUGUUCCAUUUGGCUGUCACAGGCGCAGACUGAAUUUAAGAGAGUGGCUGAAGAAAACGUGACUUUGCCCUGUCAUCAUCGCCUGGGCCUCCUGGAGCAAGGGAGCUUGGACAUUGAGUGGCUGCUGCACAUUUCGGAGACAGUACACAAGGCGGUGAUCACUUACUCCGGAGGCCGUGUUUACGAUGACCUGAAUGAAGAGCAGAAAGGGCGUGUUUCCUUCACAUCUAACUUCCUUGCUGGAGAUGCAUCCUUACAAAUCAUAUCCCUGCAGUCCAGCGAUGCGGGGAAGUACAUAUGUAAGGUUAAAAAUGCUGGGCAGUACGAAUGGGCUAUCAUCACACUGAAGGUUGUAGAAAAACCUUCCAAGCCCAAAUGCUGGCUAGAAGGGGAGCUGUUGGAAGGAAAGGAACUGUCCCUGCAGUGCCACUCCGCCUCUGGCACUGCACCCAUCUCCUAUCGAUGGCAGCGCAUAAAUAAGGAAGACGAGAGAGCAGAACAUCUCCCACCGACAUCAAGAGUCAACAUCUCCAAUCCUGGGCAAGUCCUACUGAAGAAUCUUACGCAGAUGAGCACGGGGUUAUACCAAUGCAUUGCCACCAACGAGGCUGGACAAGAAAGCUGUGUUGUUCAGGUGACAGUGCAGCAUGCACAAAAUACUGGCAUGAUCGCUGGAGCGGUUUGUGGUGUGGUGGUAGGACUUUCCCUCCUCUUCCUGGUGGUGAGGCUCACAAUAAGAAGGAAAGAAAAGAAGAGAUAUGAAGAAGAGGAGGCACCAAAUGAAAUCAGAGAAGAUGCAGAGGCACCCAAGGCCCAUCUCGUCAAGCCCAGCUCCUCUUCCUCUGGUUCUAGAAGCUCACGCUCUGGUUCCUCCUCAACCAGGUCAACAGCCAACAGUGCCUCUCGCAGCCAACGGACUUUGUCAACGGAAGCUACUCCCCAUCUAACUCCUCCCCAGUGCAGCCAGAGGGAGAUGGAACAAAAAGAAAUCGAGCCAAAGAAAGUCGACUACACUAACCUGAUGAAAAUGGGAGCGACGUUGGUGAUGGUGCCUGCCCAAAGCCGAGCGUUCCAGACCGUGUGACUGCUCACCAGCCAGCUGGAGACUCCUGCUGUCCAGAAACACUUCACACACCACCAGCCACAUAGGAAUUGUUAGAUUAGUUAUCUUCCUGGUCAUCUUGAUUUUAAUCACUUGUGAUUAUUCACACCACACGAAGCCCUCCCACUCAACUCUUUCUUACAUCUUCCAGCACUGAGGUUCUGAUGCAGAAUUUUAUUUUUUUUUUGAGGCAAGAUACAUUUGAGGGAAAAGGGAGCCUUCUUUUUAAAUUAUCUUUUUUUGGAAAUGGGACACUGAGCAUUUUUAAACUACAGCAGCUAAGUGCUGUACAAAUGAAAUUAAGCCAAACCUCAGGAUUUUUUAAAAGGGAUCAAUAGAGACUUAAAGAUGCAUAAUAAUGCGGAGAGGUUUUGUGGGGAGAAGUCUCUUGUACUGGUUUGGGAGAACUUUUUUAAAGAUGCAUUGUCUUAUCUGAAGACUUCGAGGCAGACUCUCUGCUGAGGGUUCCAACUUCAAAGGGAACUGACAGACACUUCUAAUGAAAUACUUUUAGAGGCUCUAACUGAAGUGGAAAUUACAGAAUCACUCAGAAAGGUGAAGAGAUGCAAUAUUAAGGCAUGUGUCUCAACAAAAGAGAAAGGAACCUUUAUGUUAAAGAAACAGAGGUGCUUUAAUUGCCAGAAGAAACUUAAUCAUGUACCCAGAGAGAUGACUGCUUGUAUGGUCAGUACUUCUGAGCUGCAGUAGCUCCACAGGAGCAGAAUCUGUGGCAAAUGAGCCUUAGUGUGAUGAGAAUGGGGGACUGAAUCCAGAAUGAAGACGGGACCUCAAAAAGUGAGGGUCACCAAUCUACCAACAAGCCCGCAUGAAGCAUUUGGAAGAAACCUUUGCUAUCGACAGGUUGUCAAUUCACCAGUUUUGGGGUAAGCCAUGCUGUAGAAGCCUUAUGGAGAACUCUUCCCAAGACUGACAGAACAGAGUUCUUGAGCUGACCUUCAGGCAAUCAGGUAAGACUGAAGACAGAGUGACAGAGCACACAGUGAGGAAAAAUCACCAGGGACAGGUAAAUAAGCACGAUGCUGCUUCCAUUAGAAAAUAUUUUGUGCAAUGUCCCAUUUAUACACCAAACACUUGACCAUGUGCUAUUGUUGAGGUUAGCAAAAAAUCAGAAAAACACUUUCUGUGACUAAAUUAAUCAGAAUAAAUGCACCCAAGGAAUAUAAAGUCUUACAGUUUAAGCUGAAGGCCAAUAGGAAAUGAUGGGAGGAGAUGGGGACAGGCUUCCUCUGGAGGCAGAUGCUUGCAUAAUUCUGACGUUUAUAUUUUCCUCUGAAGGACUUGGCACUGACCACUGCUACACACAAGACACUGAGCUUGUUGGUUCCAGAUUCCUGCACUCCCGGACUGUUAAAAAAAAUGAGAGGCUUGGGGGUUGCUUUUUGCUGUUUGAGGGAGGGAAGGUUUCCUCCAGUUUAUGGAACUGGAGUCUACAGGAGAUGGAUCAGCACAGAAGAACCACAGAUGUGCAAUUCUUCAACUCUAGGGACUGUAAUUAAUUUUCUUUUCUGACUGAGACCUAGAAUUCUAGCUUCUUGGUUUGAGAUCUUAGACAAUCUGAUCAAAGCCAAGCCCUGCUUGGGCUACUUCCUUAUGGGAAAUAGUUUUCAAACUUGCCUUGUGCUGUCUGAGCACAUCUCUUCCUAGGAGCAGUCACCCAUUUUCAUCACACGUACCAAAAUGUCACUUGCACUCUUUACCCCAGAGUCAACCCAGCCACCCUUGGCAGGACAAAAUACUGAUCUGCCGUGCAGAAGGCAGUCCCCAGUCACAGAUUUAAACAAAGGAGACAUCUUAGGGGUUUGAUAAGCUGCUACUUUCAUCAUGGCUCCUGGUGUUGGAUACUGAGUCAUUUUACCUAGACAUUUUCCCUGGAUACUCUAGAGGCAUAUUCCUGGAUCAGCUCUCUUGGUGGAUUUGGUCGUGGCUAUCACUGGUUGGAAGCAGUGUCCAUGAUUCCUCUGUAUCUGCUCUUUUCCUGGACCUUGAAGGCUCAGGCACUCCAAAGUGCUUGCAAGAUACUCCACUGCUGGGAAAGUCCUGAAAAGCAGGAGCAGGACUGCUCAAAUAGUUCGUAACUUCUUCUAUGGUUGCUUAUUGUUACCUACGUUGCAUCUGAGGAUACUUAUGCUAUGCACAUAAACCCAGGGGUGCUCUUCUCAGUAUAGAAGGCAUGCCUGAGCACCCAGCAGCUUAUUACCACAAAACAAGGGUAACAAUUCAAAGGGUUGAGUUGGCUGCAGUCCCAAGUAGUACUAAGUGCUGCAGCUUAGCUUUGAGUCACCAGCCAGGCCUGCAACUAGGGAAGGGGAGGAUGCUGUGUCUACAGCCUAGGGCCACUUGCUGCCGGCUAGGAGAAUUUGCCCAGCCUGCUCUUGGCACUCUCUUUCCUGGAAAUCUUCGUGGAAAAAGCUGCAGGGCAUAUCAGCUGUGGCAGCCCUUUCCUGGAGCAGAGAAGUCACUCCUUGUCAUACAAGCUAGCUGUCUGAUUGCAGGGGAUGAAAGGUUUAUGGACCUUGAGAAAAGGAAGUUGGUCAGAUGCAAUUGCUGAAGCCUGGUGUGUGUGAUCAUUCCUGGCUUUCCUAGACCCACUGGGAAGCAGGUGGUACACGUGUCUGCUGCCUGAGCACAUGCAGACAGCCCUGGAUACAAACCAUGUCAGUAAAAACACUGUGGAACAGUGUUCCCACCAUGGAACAAAGAUGUGUGGCCUUGGUUAGAAAGUAUAGGCAUUGUGGUGAUUUAAAACCACCACGUCUGAAAUGCUGCGGUGCUUUUCAGACCACAGUGCAUUGGUGCUCUGACAGGUAAACACGGGGCCAGCUCUGCACUUCAGUUGCUAGCGUUUAGACCAAAGCAAAAAGAUCAUUACUCAAAGGAAAUGCAAGAAAGAGAUAAUUUCAAAGGUAUUCUACUUCCAAAGGGACAUUUUUCUGAGGUCUGGGUGAUAGUAAAAGGAAUUGCACAGGGGAAGCAAAUGAACCAUAAGCCAAACUCUGUUUUGUAAAAUAGUGUACUUAAAGCAUUUACUGUCAUAUACCAGAUAUUACUAGUGUGAUUAAAUGCAUAUGUUAUGUAGCUUUCUUUUGUUUCUCAACAGCUAAACUAAGAUUACAUGUCUGAUGCCUGCUAUAAUUGGUGUCCUUAGGUACUGUGUCUGAACAACUCAGAGGAAAGCAAAUAUUUAUUAUUGAUUCCUUUGAAUCAAUGAUUUCAUAAUUUUUUUUUUCGGUUGGUUGUUUUAUAAAUAAAUCUGCUGCAGCUGAAGCACUGCAGCUCAACUAAACUUGUACUAGUGCUCCAUCUUCUGUGGUAUCAUGUGUUACAUGCUGUCAAGCUGAAUCUAAGGAAAAAUUUACAAAGUCAAAAAUACUAUUUUUAAGCUAACAAGGACUACAUGCAUAUAAAGUAUGGAGAAGCUGGUUUUUUCAUAGGUAUUUUUUCAGUCUAAAUAAUGUGACAUGACAUGAAAUCUGUGAAACCUUGGGUGUAUUAAAGUAAAUGGUGUUUUGAUGUCCAUGCCACUAUUUCACCCGAGAUAUUUUGGCUGAGGAUGCAAAAUGCUUGAAGCUAAUUCAGUAAAUACCACCAGCACAGACACAGCAAAGAUAUGAACCUCCAGUGACACUGCCCACUCCCACAUCUGCCACCUUACUUGUGAUCCACCUAGCGCGUUUCAGUUCAUCUCCUGAACUGGGCAUGAGAUGACAAUGAGAGUGUGAAGUGACAAUAAGAGCCAUGUUCAGAUUGUUUAGAUCUUCUUUACAGAUAAACAUUUUGAACCAGCUAACAGGAAUCUCCAGCCAGGGAGAUGUAAGUGUUAUUCUGGGUAACUAAACAUGACUGCGGCUGAUUUCUCUCGCAGUGGUUCAGCCUUCUUUCCCCCAGGGCGUUUUGCACAGAUGCCUCCCAACAUCAGCAAUCUUCUUUACUGAAAUCUGGGAGUAAAAAUUGCAACAUGAAUACACAGUAUUUAAAACAAAACUCUGACAACACAGUGGUCUCAUAGGUGUGUCCUUCUGCCUAUCCCUGAUUCACAGGGAAAUGAACUGUCUCUCUCUUGAGCUGAUGACAUCCAAAAUCCGAUUAAGCUAUAAAAGUUUUGAAAGGAGUUGUGCAGCUGCAUACUGCUGUUAAAGUAUUGGGAGUCUUGGGUUAUUUUUAACCUGGGUCAGUUUGUACUGAUAGACUGAAGGGGGAGAACCGUGUGGGAAAGGGAAAGUCCAAGGUGUGAUUUCAGAUGCAAGUGUUGUAUAAUAACAAAUGCUACUGUUGUGGAUAGGAAGCCUCUUUGAUAAUCACCACUCUCUCCCCAGUCCUGUUGUAAACGCUUAAAGAAGAAGCAGUGCUUCAUCUCUAACGUGCUAAAUUGACUUCAAAAAAUAAUGUUGGCAUUUAUCAUCUGUGGGACGUG